UCUUCUUCCCAAACCCCAACUUCUCUCCCAACCCUCACAAACCCAGACCGCCCGAUCCCAAAUCAUAAAUAAUAUCCAGAACCAAACCAGAGUCACGGCGAUGGAGGAGCAACAGGAGCACGAGGUCUACGGCGGCGAGAUUCCCAACGACGACGGCGAAGAUGUCGACAUGUCGUCCCGCGCCGACGACGACCAGGACUACAACGACGACCCUAACUCCAAGGAGCUGGAGGACAUGAAGAAGAGGCUGAAGGAGAUUGAGGAAGAGGCCGGCGCGCUCCGCGAUAUGCAGGCUAAGGUCGAGAAGGAGAUGGGAGCUGUUCAAGAUCCCAAUGGCGGUUCUGCAAGUCAGGCAGAAAAGGAGGAGGUGGAUGCUCGAUCCAUCUAUGUUGGCAACGUCGACUAUGCAUGCACUCCUGAAGAAGUCCAGCAGCAUUUUCAAUCUUGUGGAACUGUGAACAGAGUUACGAUUUUGACAGACAAGUUUGGUCAACCAAAAGGAUUUGCUUACGUUGAGUUUGUUGAAGUUGAUGCUGUGCAGAAUGCUCUCAUACUAAAUGAAUCAGAAUUGCAUGGUCGUCAAUUGAAGGUCUCUGCUAAACGGACAAACGUUCCUGGACUGAAACAGUAUCGAGGAAGGCGUCCUAACCCAUUUUUCCGAUCUAGGAGGCCCUUCAUGGCUGCUGCGCCUUUCUACCCCUCGUAUGGUUAUGGGAGGGUUCCAAGGUUCAGACGGCCCAUGCGUUACAGACCAUACUAAUGAUGACACCUCCAGGUGGCCACAUUUUGAGAAGGCCGUUUAUGUUUCAUGAUGGUCAUAGACGGUGCUAAUGAUAGACCGAAAUCACUAAAUGGGCCACAUAGUGCAAAGGCCAUUAAUGUUUAUUAUGGCGUAUCUAUAGUUUUGGAUACUAGAGAAAAGAACUUGAACUAUCAUUUGCAUUGCUGAUCCCGACUUGAUUCUUUCUCGAAUUUGUAGUGCACAAGAGCGUUUAGUUUAUGUGUGGAGGGGAAGAAAGAAGGCUGAUAUGCAAAUGCUGUAUUGGAGAUGAUUUCUUACAAAAUUCUGUGCUAGAUUUUUAGUCUAAAGUCAGAGUCAGUGUGGAUGAUUAUUAACAUUGAAAGAUUCCUAUUUCAAGGAAGUGUUUGUGCAUUCAGUUAUGAUUUCUAUUA